AUGAACGCUGAUACCCUACCUGAGCGACAAGGUGCCGUGAAAGAGGAGGAGGAAGAAGAGGAUGUCACAGUGAAACAAGAAGUAGAGGGUGAGGCUGUUACGGUGAAAGAAGAAGAGAAAGACGUUUCAGUGAAAGAGGAGGAGGAUGUUACAGUAAAAGAAGAGGAGAUGGAUGUGAAAGAGGAGGACGCAGUUAUUGGUGUGAAAGAGGAAGAGGGGGAGAUUACUGUCACAUUGGAGGAAGAAGAGGAGGUUGGAGAUCCGUUUAACCCCAGUAGCUAGCUAACAGCCAUGGAGGAGGGUGAAAGGAUAGCAGCCCCAACUGUCAGUGAGAGAGGAGGCUAUUCUGGAUAGGGAAGGUACUUUUGUGUAGUUCCUGUCCCUAGAAGUGAGGACGGAGAUAAUAGUAACAUCAUAUUCAGUGUGGUGUAAUUUGACUAUAAUGAAGUGUGUUUCU